ACUGACUUCAUUCUCCCAGAGCCAGGAGCGGGGAUAACCACAUCUCGCUCACCGGCCCAGCGGCGGCAGCAGGCGUCGACGCGGCGGUGGCGGCGGUCCAAGCAGGAUUUAAAACCCGGACUGCGCUGCCUUUUGCUGUCGUGGAAUACAGAGACUAGGAGGAGGACACGUUAAGGGUGGAAACCCGAGUCCAGCGGUGAUGAGAACUCAGCCCGAGUGGAUUUCGCUGGGGUGCUGCCAGAAGCAUCUGGAAAGGAUAACACAGGGAUACACCCCCCCUUCAGAGGACCAGAGGAUAAUUCACAUCUCAGACAUUUCAGUGUUUCACUUCUGUGGCGGACCAGCGAUGUCUUUUAGCUUGUGUUUUAAUGUGAAAUCGGUUUAAUCACCCUGCCUCCCCUGAGAGGGAAAAUUCGGGCUCGUAACCAGAUUUCCUCCUGGCACCGGUGGGUUUGGACAUGUUGGACAACCGUGGCCCUCCAGCAUUCGAUAGUUGAUUAAAGGACAAGCGUCGUCUCCAAGAAGCCACAACAGAUUCGUGAUCCCGCAAGGUUUCCUCGAAGCUAUGCAGUGAAGAUGUGUGCAGCCAGGUUCAGCGGCUGCCUCAAUGGCUGUGCUGAGGAGGCCGCCGGCGGUGCGGCAGGGGCUGCCGGUCCGGUCGUGGCCUCCAGGAUGCUGGACUGGACGGAGUCGGGUCCCCGCAUCCUCCACAGCCUGGAGAUGGGCACGGUGAUGACCGUCUUCUACCAGAAGAAGUCCCAGCGGCCUGAGAGGAGAACGUUCCAGAUAAGGCAGGACACGCGACAGAUAGUGUGGAGCCGAAACCCUGACAAAAUAGAAGGAGAGAUCGACAUACGAGAGAUCCGGGAGCUGCGGCUGGGGAAGGGCUCCCGUGACUUUGAGCGCUACCCGGAGGAGGCCCGUAAACUGGACUCUGCCCACUGCUUCAUCGUGCUCUACGGCCUGGAGUUUCGCCUCAGGACGCUCAGUGUGGCUGCCUUCAGUGAAGAAGAGGUCAACAUGUGGAUCACUGGUCUCAACUGGCUGAUGACUGACACUCAGAGAGCGCCGGCACCACAGCAGAUCGACAGGUGGCUGAGGAAACAGUUCGAAGUCAUGGACAGGAACCACGAGGGCAGCAUCACAGUGAAGGAUGUGAAAGCUCUGCUGCCUCAGAUCAACUACAGAGUCCCCAACAUGCGUUUUCUCAAAGACAAGCUACAGGAGGUGGAGGCCAGGAGCGAUCUGUCAUACCCCAACUUUGCACAGCUCUACAGAACACUGAUGUUUGACACGCAGAGGACCAUUAUUGAGCAGCUGGAGCUCUCCUUCCCUCUGCGGAAUGUCGACAGACCGGAGCUUUGUCAGAUCUCUCUGUACGACUUCCAGAAGUUUCUACAGAUGGACCAGAAGGAGUCCUGGGCGUCAGAGCUGAGUCGUGUCAGAGAGUUUCUCAUGGGGUACAUGAGAGGGGGGCCGCAGCCUGAGCCGAUGCUACAACUGGAUGAGUUCCUGACCUUCCUGUUCUCUAAAGAGAACUCCGUAUGUGACCCUCGACAUUCACCUGUUGUUCACGAAGACAUGAAAAGACCACUGUCUCAGUACUGGAUCUCCUCCUCGCACAACACCUACCUGACAGGUGACCAGUUUUCCAGUGAGUCGUCUCUAGAAGCCUACGCCCGCUGUCUGAGGAUGGGCUGCCGCUGCAUCGAACUGGACUGCUGGGAUGGACCGGACGACCUGCCAAUCAUCUAUCACGGCCACACCCUAACCUCCAAGAUCAAGUUCCUGGACGUGCUGCACACCAUCAAAGAACACGCCUUCGUCACAUCUGAGUAUCCUGUGAUCCUGUCCAUCGAGGACCACUGCAGUGUGGUCCAGCAGAGGAACAUGGCCACGCACUUCAAGAAGGUGUUUGGGGAUCUGCUGCUCACCAAGCCAGUCGACAACAACGCGGAGGAGCUUCCGUCCCCCUACCAGCUCCGCAGGAAGAUCCUCAUCAAGCACAAAAAGCUGGUGGAGGGAACCCUGUACGAGGAGGUGACGUCGGCCAGCUACUCUGAAAACGACAUCAGCAACUCGCUGAAGAACGGCAUCCUCUACCUCGAGGACCCCAUCGACCACACAUGGACUCCGCAUUACUUCGUCCUGACCAGCAAUAAGAUCUACUACUCGGAGGAGACGUCUCACUACCAGACGGCUGAUGAAGAGGAGGAAGAUGAAGGAAAAGAGGAGUGCAACAACAACGAGCAGCACUGCGCCGAGCGCUGGUUCCACGGGAAGCUGGGUGGAGGUCGAGACGGUCGGCAGGUGGCUGAGAAGCUGCUGCAGGAGUACUGUGAGGGUGGGGCCAAGGACGGCACCUUCCUGGUUCGAGAGAGUGAGACGUUCGUCGGCGACUACACCCUCUCCUUCUGGCGCUCCGGCCGUGUCCAGCACUGCAGGAUCCAUUCGCGUCAGGAGUCUGGCUCCACCCGUUUCUACCUGACCGACAACCUGGUGUUUGACACCCUCUACCGCCUCAUCUGCCACUACAGAGACACGCCGCUGCGCUGCAACGAGUUUGAGAUGAGGCUGGGCAGCCCCGUGCCUCAGCCCAACGCGCACGAGAGCAGAGAGUGGUACCACUCCAGUCUGUCCCGCGUUCAGGCUGAGCACAUGCUGAUGCGGGUUCCCAGAGACGGCGCUUUCCUGGUGCGGAAACGAAGCGAACACAACUCCUACGCCAUCUCCUUCAGGGCGGAGGGUAAGAUCAAACACUGCCGUAUCCAGCAGGAGGGACGUCUCUUUAUGCUCGGCAGUUCGGCCGAGUUUGAGUCCCUGGUGGAUCUGGUGAGCUAUUACGAGAAGCACCCUCUUUACCGCAAGAUGAGGCUCCGCUACCCCAUCAACGAGGACACUCUGGACCGGAUGGGCACCACGGAGCUCGACUACGGGGCGCUGUAUGAAGUCCGCACUCCUCAUUUCUAUGUGGAGGCCAACAAGAUGCCCACAGCACGGUGUACGGUGAAAGCUCUGUACGACUAUCGGGCCCAGAGAGAAGACGAGCUGUGUUUCCCCAAACAGGCGCUCAUCCUCAACGUGGACAAGCAGGAGGGCGGCUGGUGGCGGGGCGACUAUGGUGGGAAGAAACAGCUGUGGUUCCCUGCAAACUACGUGGAGGAGGUGCCCAGCUCCCCCACCAGGGAGAUGGAUGAAGCGUCCACAGAGAACAGUCCUCUGGGUACGUUCCUCAAGGGCUUCAUCGACGUGCCCACCUGCCAUGUUGUGGUUCACAAAGACGGGAAGAACUCGAGGCCCUUCGUGUUCACCAUCCACUCCCAGCACCUCUCCUCUCACCCGGUUCAGACCCUGGACGUGGCAGCAGACAGUCUGGAGGACCUGACCGGCUGGGCCGGCAAGAUCAGGGAGGCCGCGCAGAACGCCGACGCACGGAUGCAGGAGGAGAAACAGAUGGAGAGGAGGAAAAAGAUCGCGGUGGAGCUGUCGGAGCUCGUGGUCUACUGCAGACCUGUCCCCUUCAAUGAAGACAAGAUUGGGACGGAGAGGGCGUGCUACCGGGACAUGUCGUCCUUCCCAGAGACGAAGGCGGAGAAGUUUGCGACGCGCGGCAGAGGGAAGCGCUUCCUGCAGUACAACCGCCGCCAGCUCUCCAGGGUUUACCCCCGGGGACAGAGACUGGACUCGUCCAACUACGACCCGCUGCCCAUGUGGCUCUGCGGCUCCCAGCUGGUCGCGCUCAAUUUCCAGACCCCAGAUAAACCCAUGCAGCUGAACCAGGCCCUGUUCAUGCUCGGCGGGGGUAGCGGCUACGUUCCCCAGCCGGACAUCAUGAGGGACGACGCCUUCGACCCUUUCGACAAGGACACGCUGCACGUGGAGCCGAUCACCAUCCAGUUACAGGUGCUGGGGGCCCGUCAUCUGCCUAAAAAUGGCCGCAGCAUCGUCUGUCCCUUCGUGGAGGUGGAGAUCUGCGGAGCCGAUUACGACGGCUACAAGUGCAAGUCGGACGUCGUAGCUGAUAACGGUCUGAAUCCUGUGUGGGUGCAGAAGCAGUUUGUGUUUGACAUUCACAACCCCACCUUCUCCUUUCUGCGCUUCACCGUCUACGAGGAGGACAUGUUCAGUGACCCCAACUUCCUGGCACAGGCGACCUAUCCCGUCCGUCUGCUCCGGACAGGCUACAGGAGUGUAACGCUGAAGAACAGCUACAGCGAGGAGCUGGAGUUGGCGUCUCUUCUGGUCCACAUCGAGAUCGUCAAUGCAAAGGAGGAGGACGACGAGAACAUGUACACGUCCAUCCAGCUGCUGCGGGAUCGGACCAGCGAGCUGUCCACCCAGGUUUCCCUCCUGGAGAGGUCGGGCUCGGGGGACCUCAGCUACCAGCAGAGUCUGGAGGAGCUCCGAGCGGCUCAGGACCAGCUGAGCGAGCUGGUGGAGGCUCGAAACCGCAGGCUGAUGGAGAAGAAGAGGAGGGAGAAGCUGAGGCAGCAGGUGGCAGCAAAGCGCAGUUAAUCUUCCCGACCACCAGAGAGCGCUAAACUCAAGCACAAGCGGUGCCCGGCGCCUGACACUCGCUGCGCAGUGAGACGGGCUUUCCACGGCAGCGACGUGCAGUCCAUUUAUAACUGGGGGAGGAAAACAAAAACAAACAAAAACGAGCAAACCCUUCGUGAGAUUUUAAAGCGACAGUCUAGACCACAAACAGGCGCAUCUCAUGGACUAAACGAAAACAAACAAACAAAAAAAACCUCACAAAACUAAGCUAUAAAAACAAUCACGGACUUGAGGCUGGAACACAUUGAGAGCGAACCGGAGAACGGUUUCCUCAACAGGACCGGUGAAGGGUCGAGGGACAGAGUUCCGACUUUCCACACUGACAGAAAAUGAAUUGGCGACAAUUUAUUAUUAAUGAAUUCAUUUUAUUUAUCAGUAGUCGUUUGUUUUAUUUCAAGCCAAAAUGCCAAACACUCGCCGAUCCCUGAUUUUCUUUGUCUUGUGCGGCUACAACUGCAAUGAUUGGCUGGAUGAAUCAGUUAGUCCAUUGACAGAAAUUCAACCGUCAACUCUUCAUCGAAUAAUCGUUUUAGCCAUUUCUUUUUUUUAAAGCAAAAAUACCAAACAUUAGUUGUAGCCAUGUGUGUUAAUGAACUGGGUUUUGGACGCUAGGUUGGAACAAACAAGCUACUUGAAGGUGCCACCUGGGGCUUUGGGAAAUAUAACCGGGCAUAUAUCACUAAUAUCCGACAUUUUACGGACCAAACAAUUGGUUGAUUAAUCAAGAGAAUAAGCAGUAGAUUAAUGGGUGAUUAAAAUAUGAUGGGUAGGUCUGGUGGAGUCACUCCGCUCACAGAAUGUCACCCAGUCAUCAUAAACGCGCCGCUGGCCAACGGCCACCUCAACAGAAAACAAAAGAAAAUCAGUGCAAAAAAAAAAUGUAUUUGAAAUUUAGCUUUUCCGCACAUUCUGUCAGUGACUGCAGCAAAGAUUGAUGCUGAGGAAAACAACAGUUUCCGCAGAUUUGCUCUUACUGUGUUUCAGGCUUUAGUGAGAAAACAACAGGAUAAAAAAGGGAGAAGAAAAACUCAGGUUACACAAAUGGAAGGGGAGAAAUAAAAAAACCUCUUGAGUUCUGGAUGGAUAAAAAAGGGAGCAGCGGGCACACGUAGCAAACAGGAAAUAUCAUGUAUGUGCCUUCGACGUUGCGCUUUGUAAAGUGUAGUUACUCUCAUGUUUCAGAAAGUAUAAGACUGACUGACUCUCUCUACAACUGGAAUAGUGGCCCUUUACGGGGAAACUGCUAACAAACUGGAGAAGGAAUCCACUCGUCUGGCUCGGACCACUACUCAUGAAAUGGGUUUGAAGGGGUUUAAAGACUAGGGUCUGUUCCGUCUUAAUCAAGACCAAGGUCGCAUGAACUCCGGCCCCCACAGGCGGAGGGGGGGGCUCCUGUCGCCGACCUUCCCGUUCUGCCCGGGAGAGCACAAGCUGGACGAACUGUGUCGAACAAAUCCUCGCCAAACCACAGCGAGAAGGUCUUUUCAUCCUUCUUCAAAGGGCUCCAAACUUACGUAUCCUACCUUCAGAGAGGCAGGAGAAGGUGAGCGAGCGGGGGAGUCCCCUGGAUGUCCCAGGGACUGAGGUGUGUUCGCUUCGACUGGACACACACACACACACACGCACGCGUGCGCGACAGACAAGGGCUAUCACAGAAAACUAGCGAAGAACUCUCUUUUUUUACCUGCCGGCUCACAUCUGAACCCGGAUCAGCUCCCAUCAUCUGGCUCCGAUCGACGACUGUGGUUCCCCUGGUCCUGGGUCUGCCAAAAGCAGCUUCGAGUCGACCCACUGCACGGCUUCAUAUCUAAUAACGCCCCCACCCCCCUCGUAGCUACUUCACCUCCCCCCUCGUCUAAUUUUCUCAUUGUAUAUAACCUCUUUUAUUUAUCAGACAGGUGUCGACCCUGUUUUAGUAGAUGAAAGAACACACUAGAAGAAUGAUAAUGGACUUCAGGUUGAAGAUGCUGUAACUCUCUGUAGAAAUUAAUAUUGUGUACUUGGAACUCCCUUUAAACGUCCCCAUAGACACGAACCUCUCUCUCUCUCUCUCCCCCCCCCCGACGCUGCAGUUGCGCCGGGUGGAGACUUCUAUGCAAAGGUCGUCUUCUUGGCCUAUAGCCAUUGUGUAUUAGGCAAUGUGGCUCGAGUUGUGUUUUUCUCUCUGUAUCUAUGCUAACUCUCCACAGUAUUAUCACUCUGCAUUACGAAUCCUGUGCAAGUUUCCAUUUAAUAAAGCUCUUUCAUGUACGUCUGUCUGCACUGUGACUUUGAGCCACAGCCCCCCCCCCCCAGAGAGAUGUAAAGCAGAACCAGCAGCAAGCAGUGACUCCGACACGCAAGUAGGGGGAAUCGACGCACCGAGGAGAGUGUGAAGACUUUUUACAGAUUUUUACCGAUAAGAAAGGAGCUUAAAAGUCAACAUAUCUCCGCCUGUGCUCCAAUGAUUCUGAC